CGCGAGCGCCGCCGUAGUCGCUCGCUCGGGGAAACAGCAAAUCUCCCAUGGCGAGUACGGUCCCUGCUGCGGUGCGACCUCCAAGACCAAAGAAAGAGCCACAGGCGCUCGUCAUCCCCAAAAAUGCGGCGGAGGAGCAGAAGCUCAAGCUGGAGCGGCUCAUGAAGAAUCCGGACAAAGCUGUGCCAAUUCCAGAAAAAAUGAAUGAAUGGGCACCUCGACCUCCGCCAGAAUUUGUCCGAGAUGUUAUGGGUUCAAGUGCUGGGGCUGGCAGUGGGGAGUUCCACGUGUACAGACACCUGCGCAGGAGGGAAUACCAGCGGCAGGACUACAUGGAUGCCAUGGCGGAGAAGCAAAAAUUGGAUGCAGAGUUUCAGAAGAGAUUGGAAAAGAAUAAACUUGCUGCAGAGGAGCAGACUGCAAAGCGUCGGAAAAAGCGCCAGAAGUUAAAAGAGAAGAAACUGCUGGCAAAGAAGAUGAAACUUGAACAGAAGAAACAAAAAGAAGGACCCAGUGAGUCCCGGGAGCAGCCGGCCAGUAGCUCUGAGGAGACAUCUGGAGCGGAGGAGGAGGAGGAGGAAGACGAGCCCAGCUUCAUCAUGGGGCGAUGAGGUUGCUCGGCGGCUGUCACAAGCCUGGCACUUCCUGUGACCAGAGCCUCAGGAGACGCUCAGUGCAGCCAGCAGGGAAGAAGGCUGCUUAGGGAACACAUGGAAGUCCAGGGGACAGAGGGACCGUUAGACACUGCCUCAAAGCAUGCCCCUGUGUUCCUGCCAGAAGGGGGAAAGUGCCUCGCCAGCAGCCGGCGCCUGUUCUCCUACCCGACCAGUGACGAGCUUGAGGCUGGUUUUUGGAAGGGAACAUUACUGUAGUAAAGAGCAGAAAACCUCAAGGUUUUGUUCGGACAUGUGAAACAUUAAUUACCAAAGCUGUAGAGGGGCCAUGAAAUGACACAAUAGAGACGAGGCCUCAAGAUUCAACAGGUCCUGGGACGUGGGCCUGCUCCCAGACUCAGCAGGGAUGCAGCCUCGGCGCCAGGGCCGACUCGGGGGCGGGCACCUUGCCUGCUCCUCCAUGGGGAGCGCAGACCCCGCCACAGAGGGGCUGGCCGGGCCAUACAGAGGGAGCGCGCUGUGUGGAAAGAGCUAUGGGGAAGUCAGGUUGCUAGAGAAAUAAGCAGGUAGGGAAUCCAGGCCGGGCCUACCCAGGUAGAGUCCCAGAGGAGUCCUAGCCAUACUGGAAGGGGCGGGGUAUUGGUCAAAAGCUUCAUUUUCAUCCGGAAGCCAAAGGGGACUAAAAGCAACGGCACCUGGGGACUGUGCUCUGCCUGGGUCACGUGGGCACCGAGGCAGAGAAGCAGCCUGCGUGCCCACUGUGUGUCCAGGCUCACAUGUAUCCUGGCCGGGACAGAACCAGCAGCUCCAGCGUGCAGGGCACUGCGCCGGGAGCCGGGGCACAUGGCAGGUGGCCGGGGGCAGCUUUGUCCUCAGGGCCCUCAGGCAAACAGGGUUGACAGAGUCAGUUUCAAAUUAGAGCCUUUGCUGCAUUUUUGGAUUAUCUCCAGCUCCUAAGUAUAUUGUGUGCCUUUUAUGGGCUGGAAUGGCAUUGAGGAAGUAGUUAUUUUGAGUGAUGGGAAACCCAGGGACAGUUUUAUUUUACUUCUAUAGCGGAGGUUUCCCUGGCCCCACUCCGAGCCACAUGAUAUCUGUGUUAGCGCCUGUCCCUUUGGUAGCUUAAGUCACAGGAGUGUUCCUUUCUGAAAAAGCCAAAAUGAAGCAUCAGCCCUAAUAAAUUAACACACACCCUGGCUGUA